UAAUCACUCCAUAAGUAUCAUUUUCACAACACAUUCAUCCCCCUCUAUAUAUAUAUAUAUGCAUGAUAUAUAAACCACACACACAAAAAAAACACACACACACACACACACAAAAAGUGUAAUGGGAAUAUUGGCAUUGUUAUUAGCCAUAGUGAUAUGGAAGGCGGAGGCCAAAAUAGGCCACAAAGGGUGCGAUAUAUUCUCCGGUGAAUGGGUCGUCGACGCCUCGUAUCCGUACUACCACUCGUCGCAGUGUCCGUUCAUCGAGGAGCAGUUCGACUGCCGCCUCAAGGGCCGCCCCGACACCGACUACACCCGCUACCGGUGGCAGCCGGCCGGUUGCCUCCUGCCGCGGUUGAAUGGUGAGGAAUUUUUGAGAAAAUUAAAGGGCAAACAGAUGAUGUUUGUUGGAGAUUCUCUAAGUCUUAAUCAGUGGCAAUCUCUUACAUGCAUGCUCCAUGUGCUUGUACCUAAUGCUAAGUACACCACCAAGACCGUACAAGGCCUCUCUACCUUCACAUUUCAUGAUUACGAUGUGUCGCUAAAGUUCUACCGAAAUGCAUUCUUGGUGGAUAUUAAGAAUGAGGAUAGAGGGAGGGUUCUAAUGUUGGAUUCUCUAAGUUCAAGCCAAAUUUGGGGAGGAAUGGACUAUGUUAUUUUCGACUCUUGGCAUUGGUGGCUACACACCGGCAGGAAACAACCCUGGGAUUGGGUUGUGUAUGGAAACACGACGGUGAAAGACCUAGACCGCAUGGUUGCGUAUGAGAAAGCACUCAACACAUGGGCCAAAUGGAUCGAUUCCAACAUUGAUCCAACCAAAACUCAAGUAUUCUUCCAGGGCGUUUCGCCUGAUCACGACACGUGCACGGGGCAUACGUUACCAGUAAAAAGUCCGGGAAGCCCUCACCCAGCAGAGGUGGUGCUGGAGAAAGUUCUGGGAGCAAUGGACAAAGAUGUCUAUUUACAGAAGAUCACAGGAUUAUCACAGUUGAGAAUUGAUGGACAUCCAUCUGUUUAUGGGCAUGGAGGCCAUAGGGAUUUGGACUGCACCCAUUGGUGUCUAAGUGGAGUUCCUGACAUUUGGAAUGAACUCUUAAAUGCCUCUAUUAAUUAGUCCAUUAUGAAAUUGAGCAAUUUUUCAAUUGCAAUACUAUGAUUAUUGUUGUUAUUAAUAUUGUUAUUGUUAUUGAUAAAGAAUGCAUGUUUGUAUACUGUAUUUUGCACAUCUGUAAACUAAUAUUGUUGGGAAUGGAGAAUUUUAUUAAUUUA